AUGAUUGACAUCAUCUCGUCAAAAAUGGAGGAACACCGUCAGGAAGGAAAGGUUGGAAACAGCAACGUCGACAGCAAGAAAGCGGGCAAUGCAAAGGAGAAGUAUGGCCUUCGCCCACGGACCAUCAUCAAGAGACUGCAGCAGGAGAAGAGUCGUCAGGAGAUUCCCAAACCACGGCCUGCGAGGUCGAAGUCACGGCCAGCGCCGUUGUCGAAGUAUCGGAGGAAAACCGCCAACGCCCGCGAGCGCCACCGCAUGAAGGAAAUCAACAACGCGUUCGAAUCCCUCCGCAAGGUCCUCCCGGCGUUGGAAAUCCACACCAGUUCCUCGUCCAUGACUAAAAUCACGACGCUGCGCAUGGCAGUCGGUUACAUCCGGGCCCUGUCGGAGGUGCUGGAGGACGACGGCGAGGCCAACCUGCUCUCCCUCCAGACCACGAUACACCAGUCCAUCCAGGACUCCCUCCAGCACUCCAUGCAGGUGGCGACGCCGUCGGCAGGGGACAUCGCGCUGCAGCACGAGGCUUCGAUGUCCUACUUCGCCCAGCAGUGCAUGCCGCACGUGAUGGAUUACCGCCCCAGCUGCGGCCUCCUGUCGUCUUCUUCCAGUUCCUCCUUGGAUCUUCGAGGCUCGGUGAGCAGCGGGAGCGACUUGGAGGAGUUGCUCUCUGACGACUCGGUGCUGCUCGAGGACAACCUCGACGUCUUCCACGACAUCCAGACCUUCUGCGAGGGGGACCCUUUGGAAGUGAUCCUCGCGCCGGACAAAAUCCACCCCCAGACUUUCACACACGAACUGUGCAAUUAG